GGAUUAAUGGCUUAGUUGCCGUACAAAAACAACAGAAAUGGCGUCUUCCCAGGAUGUCCACGUCCGUAUUUGUGGACAAGAAAUAAUCAAAUAUGAUCUCGAAAUUAAAGCUCUCAUUCAGGAUAUUAGAGAAUGUCCGGGGCCACAAAGUGUGCUGAUGGAUUUCAACUCCAAAGUAAAAGAGAAAUUCAAUCAACUGCGACAGAGAAUCCAGAAUAUGGAACAAAUGGCUAAGGAACAAGACAGAGAGACAGACAAACAAGACAUCUUGAGUGAGACAGAGAGUCAUCGCAGGCAGAAUCUGAGUAACCAGACAGCUUGGAGGAAGGCAAACCUGGCAUGUAAACUGUCCAUUGACAACCUUGAGAAAGAGGAACUUCUGAAUGGUGAAGACUCUACUGUGAGACAGCGGAAGGCAACUAAGGAGAGUCUGGUCCAGACGUCUGGUGACAUCACAGAGAGCCUGAUGAGCAUCAGUCGUAUGAUGGCCCAGUCGGUGUCUCAGAGCGAGGAGACCAUCGGCACUCUGGCUACAUCUUCAAGAACAGUCCUGGAAACGGAUGAGGAGUUCAAAUCCAUGACCGGAACCAUACAUUUGGGAAGGAAACUGAUCUCGAAGUAUAAUCGACGAGAAUUGACUGACAAACUACUCAUCUUUCUAGCAGUAGCUUUGUUUUUAGCAACUGUCUUGUACAUUUUGAAAAAAAGGCUGUUCCCAUUCAUUUAGAGGAAAUUGUAAGCGAUUGCCUGUUACUCAUUUUCUUUUUCUUUAUUACUCCCCAGAACUACGUCUGUAAUGUCACUGCAGUCAUGCUGCAUUUCGAACCUUUCAAUAUGUCUUUCUUGCCCUACUACAGCCUUGUGCCCUACAGUCUUGUGCAUGGCCAUUUUGCAUCUUCCCCAGACUGUCUACCUAACUGCCUCAGACUGACGUGUAGUAUCUAUCUAUACCACAGAGGAAUUACCUUGUAAACUCAAUGAGAUGACAUUGCACCGCAGAUGUUGAGAUGAGCGCGAUGCAAGACUUUGCUCUCACACAAGAGUAUCUGAGCAUGUGCGCUUCACGCUGCUACAUCGUGGUAGCUACGGGACCAAAACAGCAGAGAAGUUUAGCCCCGCGCUUCAACGCUCUUAGUUGAAAAUGACCCACUGUGUUUACUUCGUGCAUGCAAUGUCAUCUCGCUGAGUCUAUCUUUUACUGGUAGGAAUGCUUUCUUAUUCCAUUACCUUGCUUAUUCUUACUGUACAGUAUAGCUCAAAUGUAGACCCAGGCGUUAGUCCAUAUAAGGAGGAAAUGACAAUGGUUACUGUGCAUCUGAAACAGUAUAAUAAAGUUUGGAAGUAA